UCCCGCCGCAGCUCACUCGGGACAGUCCCAGGGGGCAGACGCCCCUCCAUCGGCCCCUGGAUGCUCCACAGCCGCGUGAGCUUCUCUGGGCUCCCCAUUUUCCAGCCCAUCCUCAAGACCAUCCUCGAAAACACUUACAGGAUGCGGCCAGACAAAGGCUCCAAGUUCAAGGCAGGGCAGGUGCAGCGGGUGCUGGAGGGUACCCUGACCAGUGCCCUGGCGACCGCGGUCUACAGCCCCCAGGGCAGCGCCCCACUAGCCCAGAGCCUGGCCGAGCUGCUGCAGAACCGCGUGAAGGAGGUGGUGCCACCCCGCUACAAGAUGGUCUGCCAGGUGGUGCUGGGCCAGCAGGGUCAGCAGAGCCUGCUGGUGGCCAGCCAGGCACUGUGGGACCCUGAGAGUGACAGCUUUGCCUCUGCCACCUUCUCCAGUGCCUCCAUUUUUGCUGUGGCCAUAGUGCAUGGGGUCUACUUUGAGUAG